GUUCGUCUCGCUGGGACUGUGAUCGACAACUAUUCACGCGGCAAGAACCCGUCAAAAACGACUACCUGCACGCUCGCUGUCUCACCCUCCUCUCCGCCCUCCCCUCCCCGGGCCUCCGCCUGCCUCUCCGCCGCCCGUGCAAUUGUGAACAGCUUUGUGGGGCCUGGCAAGCCCUUCUCGCUGGAUCCUCACAGCAUCUACGUUCUACUUACGAGCGCCGACGUUAAUACCCCAGCGGGUCGGUCGGUGCGGCGUCUGCCCCUAGCGGGAGACGCCGCACUGGCAAGGGCAAGGGGGGCAGGGGCGCUGGAGGAGCUAGCGGGGGCGGUGGAGGCGGCGGUGGAGGCGGCGGAGGGGGUGGGGGUGGCGGUGGGGGUGGUGGCGGGGGUGGGGGCGUCGGUGGCGGCAGUGGAGGCGGAGGCGGCGGCGGCGGUGGCGGUGGGAGCGGAGGUGGCGGAGGUGGCGGCGGUGGAGGAGGCGGCGGCGGAGGAGGUGGAGCUGGUCGGGGUGGCGCUGCGCAGAGGGUCGGCUCCGGUGGUGGUCAGCGCCAGCAGCAGCAGCAAGCCAGCAGCGCACUCGUGA